CUUUACACUGCAGGUUCUGUAGACACACAGGUCUUUCCAUCCACUGCCACUCAGCAUGUCACACACAACCAUGACGGACAAAGAGAAGAAAGAUGAGAAGAAAUCUAAGAGCGUGGAAUACUGUGGUUAUCCAGUCAGUAUAUUUUUCAUUGUCGUCAACGAGUUCUGUGAAAGAUUCUCCUACUAUGGAAUGCGCGCGGUGCUGGUGCUUUACUUCACGUACUUCCUGCGUUGGGACGAUGACCUCGCCACCUCCAUCUAUCAUGCCUUUGUGGCCCUGUGCUACCUGACUCCCAUACUCGGAGCCAUCGUGGCUGACUCCUGGCUUGGAAAGUUCCAAACCAUCAUCUACCUGUCCAUUGUCUAUGCCAUCGGCCAGAUCGUCAUCGCAGUCAGUGCUAUUCAUGACUUGACUGACUCAAACAGAGACGGCAAACCAGACAGUAUGGAACUGCAUGUCUCCUUGGCGUUGUUAGGGCUGAUCCUCAUCGCUUUUGGUACAGGUGGCAUUAAACCCUGCGUGUCUGCAUUUGGAGGAGAUCAGUUUAAGGACCACCAGUCGAGGCAACGGAGUACAUUCUUCUCUGUGUUCUAUCUGUGUAUUAAUGGCGGCAGCCUCCUCUCCACUCUCAUCACCCCCAUUCUCCGAGGUCAGCAGUGUGGUAUUUACACUAAAAGUCAAUGCUACCCGCUGGCUUUUGGUGUUCCUGCAGCCCUCAUGGUGGUCUCUCUGAUUAUUUUCAUUGCUGGCAGUGGCAUGUAUGUUAAAACUGAACCUAAAGGCAACAUUAUGCUGGACGUGUGUAAAUGCAUCUGGUUUGCUAUUAAGAACCGUUUCAGACACCGGAGCAGCAGAUACCCAAAGAGAGAGCACUGGAUGGACUGGGCUGAUGAGAAAUACGAUAAACUCCUCAUUGCUCAAAUAAAGAUGGUGCUCAAAGUGCUGUUUCUCUACAUUCCUCUCCCAAUGUUCUGGACUCUGUUUGACCAAAAGGGCUCUCGUUGGACCCUCCAAGCAACCACCAUGGACGGGACCCUUGGAGCGCUGGUUUUGCAGCCAGAGCAGAUGCAGACAGUGAACCCCAUUUUGAUUCUCACACUGGUACCCAUCAUGGACAGAAUCGUGUAUCCUCUAAUCAGCAAGUGUGGCUUCAACUUCACCCCUUUAAAGAGGAUGACCACUGGGAUGUUCUUGGCUGCCAUGGCAUUUGUAGCUGCAGCUCUGGUCCAGAUGGAGAUCGAUAAAACACUGCCAGUUUUUCCAUCUUCCACACAAAGUCAGCUGAAGGUAGUGAAUAUGGGAAAUGCUCAGCUUCAAGUCAACAUCCCUCCCAAUCCACCUUUUCUGCUUGGAUCUCUGCAGGCCAGUGAGGACUAUAUGACAUUUGACAGUCCAAAUAUUGCAGUUUCUUUGAAUUCUGAGAUCAAUGAAACCUUCACCCUGGGUUUGGGACAACGUCAGACCCUCAUCAUCCCAUCUGAUCGUAGAAGUAUGUAUCUGGAAAAGGAUUUAACCUCAAAACCAGAGCAAGGGAAAAAUGCAGUCAGAUUUGUAAAUGGUCGGAGUACACCACUCAAUGUUUCAGAUAUUGGUCUCAUCGAACCAUCAGCUAUUUCAAAUCGAACAGAGGUUAAACAGGGGUCUCGGACAUUUACGAUCACUGAGGAUGGGAAUUCAUGCAAGUUCUCUACACAGUUUGGGUUUGGAGGAGCAUACACCUUUCUAAUACCCAGCACACUGAACUGGGCUGAAAAUUGUGGUGGUUCUGUAGUGAAAGUGGAAGAUAUUCAGUCCAAUUCUGUGAGCAUGGCCCUUCAGAUCCCUCAGUAUUUCCUGAUUACUGCAGGAGAAGUGGUGUUCUCUGUCACUGGCCUGGAAUUCUCAUACUCACAGGCCCCCAGCAACAUGAAGGCAGUACUGCAGGCAGGCUGGCUCUUCACUGUGGCAGUGGGAAACUUAAUUGUGCUGAUUGUGGCAGAGCUGGCAAAGCUACCUGACAAGUGGGCAGAGUAUGUGCUGUUUGCUUCUCUGUUAGUGGCAGUGUGUAUAAUCUUUUCAAUAAUGGCUUAUUUCUACACCUACAUCAACCCUGCUGAGAUUGAGGCCCAGUUCAAGCAAAACAAUGAGCUGGAACCAGAUGACAAAGAAAAGAAAGAAAGUAAUGCUUUAUAUGAAACGAUCGAUGACAAAUUGCAAAUGCAAGUGGAUGAAACCAAAAUGACUAAAAUCUGAUUAAAUUAUUAUCCAAAUACUAGAUUUUCUUAAAAUGUGUCAAUUUGUGAUGUAAGUGUCCUUACAGACAUUAUGAGUGCUAGAAAUAAAUAUCAUGUGAAUCAUUGAUUUAGAAGGAAAAGUAGUUGGAACUACCCAAAGUGAAUAACCAAAAUAAAUCUAUGGUGAACUGUAAAACAAUUGUAUUAUAUAUGGGCUAAUGUCCCUUUUAAAUCAAUGUGAGGUGUACCAAUUUGUUAAAUUGUAUAAAAAACCCUUAA